CUUAAAUAAAACAGGGCUGUAUUCUGUUGGAGCAUAUCUCUUGUACUUGCCUUCAUGAAGGCUGAGCUUGGCGCUAAAGGCUGAGCUUGGUGCUAAACCGUCCCUCUUGGCACCAUGGAAAAGCUCCGAGUGAGUGCCUGAGACAUGGAGACGGCCGGGCUUUUUCCGCCAGGCCCUGGAACACUGGCUGGCUGUGUACUUGAGAACGCAGAGGUCAAGGUAAAUACUGGUAAGUUUGCCAAACGUCUUUCCUCCUUUGACUGUGACAGAAGCUCACUUUCUCCCUUUCUGUGACUCGUGAGUCGGCUCCCCUCCUUGUGCCCACAGACAUGUCCCCUCUGAGCAUGCCCCUUCUGAGCCCACAUGCAACUCCCAAACUAGACUGUUUGCUCAGGGAAAAAAAAAAAAAAACUGGAGAGUGGAAUGGGCGGUUUAGGGGGAUCUAGGUCAUUUUAGUAAUGGAAUGUUCCAUUUGCUUAACCAGGAGACGUCUACCUGAGGAAUUUCCCACUUACUGCCCUGGGGGUGUUUGUUCCUGUCUCUCUUGAUUCUACUUUCUCACAUUCUCAUUUGCUCAGUCUUCCAUUUGUGGCCACUGCUCUCUCUAUCUGUUUUGAGAAACUCAUUUCCAGAUUCUCUUAACUCUUCCUGAGUUUUGGAAUAUUUGUUUUGUGCACUAUUUGUUGCCAGUUACUAUAAUGAAGAGACAAGAUAGUUUGAUUACCAGACAAGAUAGUUGGAGACCUCCCCAGGAGAGUUCGUGUUUGUUACUGCUGCUGUAUAACAAAUUGACCCCAAACAGGCCCAAAACAACCACUUCAUGUAAUCUUCUGGGUCAGGAAUUUGGGAAGGGCUCCUCAGCUGGGCAGUUCUUUCAUGGGGUUUCAUGUGGCUGUGAUCACAUACCACCUGGGGCUGCAGUCUUAGGAAGGCUCCAUUGGGUUGGAUGUUCAAGAUGGCUCUCUCACGUACCUGGCCAUUGAUGCUGGCUGUUGGCUGGGAACUGAGCUGAGGUGCUGACUGGAGGAACCAGACAUGGCCUCUCCAGUACUGCAGUCUCGGUGGUUGGACUUGUUAUGUGGUGGUUGGCUUCCCCCGGAAAGCUGGGCAGAAGCUGCAUCCCCUUAUCUGACCUAAGCUCAUAAGUCACAGUGCCACUUCUCUGACACUGUACUCUGUCAGAGUAGUCACAAAUCCACUCACCCACUGUGGCUUCUCAGUGGGUGGACCGGCAGGUCACCUUUAGAAGAGCAUGGGCGUGGGAGAUACUAUUGUGGCCAUUUUUGGAAAAUAUAAUUUGCGUAAAAUGAGUUUAUGCAUAUGCGUCAGGGAACUUUAACUCUUUCAGUGGCUCUAAGUUGAGGGAAUUUUUUCUUAAUUUCAGGAUAGAUAAUGGUACUACUUCUGGCUUCGUUUUAACCAAUUGUUUUCCGCUUAGGACAACCUGUGUUGUUUUAUACACAGUAUCUUAAAAUGUAUUUGACCUGGUGAAGAAACCAACUUAUUUCAUACAAAAUACCCUUCUUGGUAUUACUAAUAAAAAUAAAAAGUCACUGUGUGUGGACUCUUUAACUAGAAGUGACCUUUGAAGUGAACGUAGUUCUAUACUGUGCUUUCAGUGUGGAAAGUAGAACUUAGAGCAGGAGGCAUGCACGUUCUGAGUAGAGUAAGCUACUGUAUUCCAACUGGAAGUUGGCCUCAUACUUGAUGGGUUUCUUGGAAUGGAAAAAGCCUAGCUCUGAAUGCUGGCUGUGGUCCUGCAUGGGUUCCUUGAGUUCCUGACGGCAAGGCUGCAGCGCUUGUGGGGACCACGGGGAGCUGUUUGUUUUAUUGACCUUGGGAGAUGCCCUGGGAAUGAUGGACCUGUAAAGCAUUUGGGAGUGCCACUUCUGGACUGGGAACCUGCAGCCUUAAAGAGGAGCAUCUCCCUCUAUAAAACGGUAGCAUCCGAAGUCCUCUAACUUCACGAGGGGGAAGGAUAAUCACCAUCAGCCCCAAGCUGAUUUCCAUGAGGUGCGAGUCAAACAUAAUUCCACUUUCCAACCUUUUUGCCAAUUCUGACGCCAGCUGUCCCUCUCUAUGUCUCGGCUGAGUUGGAUAAUCCGCUGCAGUGCCCACAUACUGAACUUGCAGACCAUGUUCACAAUUAUAUGGUUUAUUAGGAAAGUAACAGGCUGCCGCUUGGGCUCGGAAUCAACUUGGAAGUAACAGGAACAGCUCAGGAUAAGUUCUUCAAUCUGGACAGCUUCUUUUCGGCAGUUCCCACACGUAGGCCUAGCUCUUGGCUUCUGCCACUGGGCCUCUGCCCUACCUGGGCAAGUGUUACUACCGUUUAGCUCCUCCGGUAAGUGCUUGGUGGCACCUCACUCCACCAGGAAGCCUGCUGCUCAAAGACGCUCAGCUCUCUCACUCCGUGGGUCCACAAGCCCACUGCGGUCAUUUGCUAGUCCCGUGCUGCUGCCAUCUCAUGCUGCCUCCAGUGUUAUAGCUCUCUCUAUCUCCUGGGUCUAGAAGGUUCUCAGUUCAGGGACACCCUAUGCUCCUAGCUCUUGAUGGUUGUGAGGUCCCCCUCAACUUCUGUGAGAUUGGUUCUUUUAAGCCUAGCAGGAUGGCAAAACUGACCAAUCCUUGUGGUGGGCCACAGGCACCUUGUUUGCAUAAAAGAAAAAAAAUUUUUUUUUUUUGUUUGCAUAGCCACUGUCAAUUCUCUGCAAGAGUUUUUCACACCUUAUUUGCCUACUUCCAGAUAAUCAUUUUGUGGGCAUUAAGAGAUCAUGGCUAGAAAGGCCAUAUAAAAGCAGCUCACUGUGCUGCAACCUCCAGGAGCCAUUCAGUUGGGAAUGUUUUGCAGCUAAAGAAACCACCACAGCUGUGGUUUACCAUGUGGGAGGAAUAGUAUGCAGACUCUAGGGAGGAAGAGAUGCGAGCUCUCCUGGCUACUGCCCUGUGACCUAAGCUGAAGGCUGCCAUUGCUUCCCUUUUCACUGCUGGCAAAGUGAUGCUAUGAUGAGGGUGAGCCUCAGGGCCACCUCAGCACUGGGUUCAGCCCAGGUGGUUUGAGGACGAGAGAUAUCACAUUUCAAGGAUAGUUUACUUGUCCCCCCAAAUGUAGCUGGAAUGUUAGGUCAGUUUGCCUUGGCAGCAAAUUUCUUUUUCCUUUGAAUUCUUCAUAUAGCAUGAGAAAUGGUCCUGCAAAUGGUUGGUCAGUCAGCAUUAGGUAUAGUUGCAAAGAACAAGACACAGAGAGACAAUGGCUUAAAUUAAGGUAGUUUCUUUCUCAGUGAAAUCCAGGAGUUACCAGUCCAAGGCUGGCUCUUGCUAUUUCACAUCCUGAUUGCGGCUUCCAUCAUCCAGGUUACCUCAUGGUCCAAUGUGAUUGCCAGAGCACCAGCCAUCGUGCCCUCAUUUCAGGCAGAAGGACGAGGCAGGGUGGCAUCUUAGGUCUUAUCAGCCACAAGGUAGAUACAUAACUGCAGUUAGUUGGGAGAAAGUUUGGAAAACACGAGGUUUUAGUUGAGCACUUUUGCCGCCCCGAACACCACCGAGAUUCUGCUAGUAGGAAAUGUAGAGAAUGGGCAUUGUGUUCGUGGUCAGCAGUCUCUACCAUGUCGUUCUCUUCAGUCUUCUGUUUUGAAAUGGGAAACAUUUGGAGUAGUUGAGGUUGUUCUCAUUGACCAUGGGAAGGGGAUUCUAGGGGCCCACCCCAGUUUAGCCUGAGCUUGAGAACUUGUCUUUUCCAAUGAAGGGACUCAGAACAGUCUCUGGUUUCCAUUACUGUGCAGAGCAGGGACCAGGAUCAGUUUCCAGUGGCUCACCCUUGAUGUGUCUAGCAUCUCCCACUUCUACACUGUAUAUAGGAUGGGUUGUUUUUAUAGCAUGAACUCUUGAGUGGUUCUGUGAAUGGGGGCCCUGGAGUCAACCUAUCAGAUUUGACUGUUGGUCCCAUCACUUACUUUGGGCAAGUUUCUCUUUGUAUUUCUGUUUUCCCAUCUUUGAAAUGGGAAUAAUCAGAUAAAAUAGUUGUACUUUAAUAUAAUUAAAGCAAAUAGCACAUGCCCAGCACAUAAGUACUCGAUAAAUACUAUUUGUAGGCCAUUUAACAAGUGAGAAGGGAGUUGGUGGGUUCAUGUAUAGACACAGUAGAGCAUAUCAAAUAGGAGUAACCUCCCUCUUCUGAGGAUCCUCUGGGUGGACUCAAACCUCCAACUUUUUUGUUAGCAACUGAACGCAUUAACCAUUUGCACCACUGAGAACUCCAGCCUCCCUCUUGUUAUAUGCUGUCGAGUUGAUUCUGACUCAUAGGGAUCCUAUAUGACAGGAUAGAACUGCCCCAUAGGGUCUCCUAGGCCAUAAUCUUUGUUAAAAGAAGAAUUGAUGCCUUUGAAUUAUGACGUUGGCAAAGAAUAUUGAAUGUACCUUGGCUUGUCAGAAGAAAGAACAAGUCUGUCUUGAGAGAGGUACAGCCAGAGUGCUCCUUAGAAGCGAGGAUGGCAAGAUUUCAUCUCAGGUACUGUGGACAUGUUAUCAGGAGGGAUGAGUCCCUGGAGAAGGGCAUUGUGUUAGUCAUUUAGUGCUGCUGUAACAGAAAUACCCACAUGGAUGGCUCUAACAGAUAUUUAUUCUCUCACAGUCCAGUAGGCUAGAAGUCCAAAUUCAGGGCACCAGUUCCAGGGGAAGGCUUUAUCUCUCUUUCGACUCUGGAGGAAGGUCCUUGUCAUCAAUCAUCCCAUGGUCUAGGAGCUUCUCUGCACAGGAAUCUCAGGUCCAAAGGAUGUGCUCUGCUCCAGGUGCUGCUUUCUUGGUGGUAUGAGGUCCCCACGUCUCUCCGCUUGUUUCUUUUAUAUCUCAGAAAGAUUGGUUGAAGACACUAUCUAAUGUUGUAGAUCUCAUCAGUAUAACUGCCGCCAAUCCAUCCUAACAUCAUAGCGGUAGGAUUUACAACACAUAGGGAAGUCUCAUCAGAUAACGAAAUGGUGGACAAUCACACAAUACUGGGAAUCAUGGCCUACCCAAGUGGACACAUAUUUUGGGAGGACAGGAUUCAAUCCAUGACAGACAUCAUGCUUGGUAAAGGAGAGGGUCAGCGAAAGAAAGGAAGACCCUCAAUGAGAUGGAUUGACACAGUGGCUGCAAUGAUGGGUUCAAACAUAGCAAUGAUUGUGAGGAUGGUGCAGGACUGGACACUAUUUUGUUCUGUUGUACAUAGGGUCGCAAUGAGUCACAACCAACUUGACAACACCGAACAUCAACAACAAUCUUUGUUAUGUUUGAAUCCAUUGUUGUGGCCCUGUAUAUUUUUAGUGCCUUCCAGAGGAAACCCUGGUGGUGUAAUGCUUAAGUGCUAUAGCUGCUAACCAAAAGGUCGGCGGUUCGAAUCCAGCAGGUGCUCCUUUGGAAACUCUGUGGGGGCAGCUCUAAUCUGUCCUAUAGGGUCGCUAUGAGUCAGAAUUGACUCUACGGCAAUGGGUUUUGGUCCAGCCUAGGGACUCAUCUUCCAGCAGUAUAUUGGGCAGUAUUCUGUACUGAUUCAUAGGGCUUUCAACAUUUUAAAGAGGUCCUUAGCAGCAUAUUUGCCUAAUGCAAUGUGUCUUAAUUUCUUGACUGCUGCUUCCAUGGCUGUUGACUGUGGAUCCAAGUAAAAUGAAAUCCUUGACAACUUCAGUCUUUUCUUUAUGGGUGAUGAUGUUGCUCAUUGGUCCUGUUGUGAGGAUUUUUGUUUUCUUUAUGUUGAGGUGCAAUCCAUACUGAAGGCUCUGGUCUUUGAUCUUCAUUAGUAAGUGUUUCAAGUCCUUUUCACUUUGAGUAAGCAAGGCUGUGUCAUCUGCAUAACGCAGGUUGUUAAUGAGUCUUCCUCCAGUCCUGAUGCCCCGUUCUUUAUAUGGUCCAGCUUUUCGACUUAUUUGCUCAGCAUACAGAUUGAAUAGUUACAAUGAAAGGAUACAACCCUGAUGCACACCUUCCCUGACUUUAAACCACUCAGUAUCCCCAUGUUCUGUCCAAACAACUGCCUCUCGAUCUAUGUGAAGGUUCCUCAUGAGCACAAUUAAGUGUUCUGGAAUUCCCAUUCUUCGCAAUGUUAUCCAUAAUUUGUUAUGAUCCACACAGUCGAAUGCCUUUGCAUAGUCAAUAAAACACAGGUAAACAUCCUUCUGGUAUUCUCCACUUUCAGCCAGGAUCCAUCUGACAUCACCGAUGAUAUCCCUGGUUCCACGUCCUCUUCUGAAACCAGCCUGAAUUUCUGGUAGUUCCCUGUAGAUAUACUGCUGAAGCAGUUUUUGAAUGAUCUUCAGCAAAAUUUUGCUUGUGUGUGAUAUUAAUAUUGUUCUGUAAUUUCUGUAUUCGGUUGGAUCACCUUUCUUGGGAAUAGGCAUAAAUAUGGAUCUCUUCCAGUCAGUUGGCCAGGAAGCUGUCUUCCAUAUUUCUUGGCACAGACGAGUGAGCACCUCCAGUGCUGCGUCUGUUUGUUGAAAUAUCUCAAUUGAUAUUCCAUCAGUUCCUGGAGCCUUGUUUUUCGCCAAUGCCUUCAGAGCAGCUUGGACUUCUUCCUUCAGUACCAUCGGUUCCUGAUCAUAUGCCACUUCUUGAAAUGGUUGACUAUUGACUAAUUCUUUUUGGUAUAAUGACUCUGUGUAUUCCUUCUUUUGAUGCUUCCUACGUCAUUUAAUAUUUUCCCCAUAGAAUCCUUAACGAUUGCAACUCGAGGCUUGAAUUUUUUCUUCAGUUCUUUCAGCUUGAGAAAGGCUGAGCGUGUUCUUCCCUUUUGGUUUUCUAUCUCCAGCUCUUUGCACAUGUCAUUAUUAUACUUUGUCUUCUCAAGCUGCCCUUUGAAAUCUUCUGUUCAGUUCUUUUACUUCAUCAUUUCUUCCUUUUGCUUUAGCUGCUUGACGCUUGAGAGCAAGUUUCAGAGUCUCCUCUGACAUCGAUCUUGGUCUUUUCUUUCUUUCCUGUCUUUUUAAUGACCUCUUGCUUUCUUCAUGUAUGAUGUCCUUCCACAACUCGUCUGUUCUUCAGCCACUUGUGUUCAACGUGUCAGAUGUAUUCUUGAGAUGGUCUCUGAUAUACUCAAGGUCAUAUUUUGUCUCUCCUGGACUUGCUCUGAUUUUCUUCAGUUUCAGCUUGAACUUGCAUAUGAGCACUUGAUGGUCCUUUUCCACAGUCGGCCCCUGGCCUUGUUCUGACUGAUAAUAUUGAGCUUUUCCAUUCUCUUUCCACAGAUGUAGUCAGUUUGAUUCCUGUGUGUUGCAUCUAGCAAGGUCCAUGUGUAUAGUCGUCAUUUAUGUUGGUGAAAGAAGAUAUUUGCAGUGAAGAAGUCAUCAUUGUUGCAAAAUUCUAAUCAUUCGAUCUCUGGCAUUGUUUCUAUCACCAAGGCCAUAUUUUCCAACUACUGAUCCUUCUUUGUUUCCAACUUUCACAUUCUAAUCACCAGUAAUUAUCAAUGCAUCCUGAUUGCAUGUUUGAUCGAUUUCAGACUGCAGCAGCUGUUAAAAAUCUUCAAUUUCUUCAUCUUUGGCCUUAGUGGUUGGUACGUAAAUUUGAAUAAUAGUCGUAUUAACUGGUCUUCUUUGUAGGCAUAUGGAUGUUAUCCUAUCACAGAGAGCAUUGUACUUCAGGGUAGAUCUUGAAAUGUUCCUUUGGACGAUGAAUUUAACACCAUUCCUCUUCAAGUUGUCAUUGCUGGCAUAGUAGAUUAUAUGAUUGUCCAUUUCAGCUCACUAAUGCCUGGGAUAUCGAUGCUUAUGCGUUCCGCUUCAUUUUUUGAUGAUUUCCAAUUUUCCUAAAUUUAUAUUUCAUACAUUCCAGGUUCCAAUUAUUAAUGGAUGUUUGCAGCUGUUUCCUCUCAUUUUGAGCCCUGCCACAUCAGCAAAUGAAGGUCCUGAAAGCUUUACUCCAUCCACCUCAUUAAGGUCAACUUUACUCUGAGGAGGCAGCUCUUCCCCCGUCAUCUUUUGAGUGCCUUCCAACCUAGGGGCUCAUCUUCUAGCACUUUAUCAGACAAUGUUUUGUUGCUAUUCAUAAGGUUUUCACUGUCUAAUUCUUUUCAGAAGGAGACUCCCAGGCCCUUCUUCCUAGUCUGUCUUAGUCUGGAAGCUCAGCUGAAACCUGUCCUCCAUGGGUGACCCUGCUGGUAUCUGAAUACUGGUAGCAUAGCUUCCAGCAUCACAGCAACACGCAAACCUCCACAGUACGACAAAUUGACAGACAGUGGAGGACUCAAGUAUAUAGUCAAGUAUAUCCCACCUGAAUUUAGAGACCAUCUCAAGAAUAGAUUUGAUGCAUUGAACACUAAUGACCAAAGACCAGACGAGUUGUGGAAUGACAUCAAGGAUAUCAUACAAGAAGAAAGCAAGAGGUGAUUAAAAAGACAGGAAAGAAAGAAAAGAUGAAAAUGGAUGUCAGAUGAGACUCUGAAACUUGCUUUUGAACAUUGAGUAGCUAAAGGUAACAGAAGAAAUGAUGAAGUAAAAGAGCUGAACAGAAGAUUUCAAAGGGUGGCUGGAGAAGACAAAGUAAAGUAUUAUAAUAACAUGUGCAAAGAGCUGGAGAUAGGAAACCAACCGAGAAGAACAUGCUCAGCAUUUCUCAAGCUGAAAGAACUGAAGAACAAGUUCAAGCCUUGAGUUUCAAUAGUGGAAGAUUCUAUAGGCAAAACCCUGAAAGUCACAGGAAGCAUUAAAAGCAGAUGGAAGGAAUACACAGAGUCACUGUACCGAAAAGACUUGGCUGACUUUCAACCAUUUCAGGAGGUAGCAUAUGAUCAAGAACUGAUGGUACUGAAGGAAGACAUCCAAGCUGCACUGAAGGGAAUGUAGAAAAACAAGCUUCCAGGAAUUGACAGAACCAACUGAGAUGUUUCAAUAAAAGGAUGCGGCAUUGGAGGUGCUCAUUUGUCUAUGGCAAGAAAUUUGGAAGAGAGCUAACUGGCCAUCCGACUGGAAGAGAUCCAUAUUUGUGCCCAUUCCAAAGAAAAGUGAUCCAACAGAAUGUGGAAAUUAUUGAACAGACAUUAAUAUCGCACGUAAGUAAAAUUUUGCUGAAGGUAAUUCAAAAAUGGUUGCAGCAGUACAACGAGAGGGAACUGCCACCAAAUUCAAGCCAGAUUCAGAAGAGGAUGUGGGAUGAGGGAUGUCAUGCCGAAGUCGCCUGGAUCCUGGCUGAAAGCAGAGAAUACCAGAAAGGUGUUUACCUGUGUUUUAUUGAGUAGGCAAAGGUAUUUGACUGUGAAGAUCAUAACAAAUUAUGGAUAAUAUUGUGAAGAAUGGGAAUUCCAGAACAGUUAAUUGUGCUCAUGAGGCAUCUGUACAUGGAUCAAGAGGCAGUUGUUCAAACAAAACAAGAGGAAAUUCCAUGGUUUAAAGUAGGGAAAGGUGUGCAUCUGGGUUGUAUUCUUUCAUCAUGCUUAUUCAUUCUGUAUGCUGAGCAAAUAAUCCAAGAAGUUGGACUGUAUGAAGAAGAAAGUGGCAUCAGGAUUGGAGGAAGACUCAUUAACAGCCUGUGUUAUGCAGAUAACACAACCUCGCUUGCUCAAAGUGGACAGGACUUGAAGCACUUAUUAAAGAUCCAAGACUACAGCCUUCAUUGUGGAUCCCACCUCAACAUAAAACAAGAAUCCUCAUAACUAGACCAAUAAGCAGCAUCAAGAUAAAUGGAGAAAAGAUUGAACUUGUUAAGGAUUUCAUUUCACUUGGAUCCACAAUCAACAGCCAUGGAAGCAGCAGUCAAGAAAUCAAAAGACGCAUUGCAUUGGGAAAAUCUGCUGCAAAAGACCACUUUAAAGUUUUAAAAAGCAAAGAUGUCUCUUUAAGGACUAAGGUGCGCCUGACCCAAACCACGAUGUUUUCAGUCUCCUCAAAUGAAUGCGAAAGCUGGAUAAUGAAUAAGGAAGACCAAAGAAGACUUGAAGGCUUUGAAUUAUGGUGUCGCUGAAGAACAUCGUAUAUACCAGGGACUGCCAAAAGAAUGAACAAAUCUGUCUUGGAAGCAGUACAACCAGAAUGCUCCUUAGAAGCUAGGAUCAUGAGACUUCGCCUUGCAUACUUUGGACAUGUUAUCAGGAGGGCUCAGUCGAUGGAGAAAGACAUCAUGCUGGGUAAAGUAGAGGGUCAGUGACAAUGAGGAAGACCAUCGAUGAGAUGAAUUGACACAGUGGCUGUAACAAUAGGCUCGAGCAUAACAAGGAUUGUUAGGAUGGUGCAGGACUGGGCAGUGUUUCAUUAUGUUGUACGUAGGGCCGCUGUGUGUUGGAAUCGGCUGGACAGCACCUAACAACAACGCUCAGUCCAUGUCCCUUUGGCCCUCUGGCAACAUGUCACCUUCAUUCCUCAGAGGUCUGAUCCUUAACAGUCAUGAAUUUAUGAGUAGGAUUCCAGGGUGGUGCAAAAGGUUAAGUGCUCAACUAUUAGCGAAAGGUUGGUGGAUUGACUCACUCAGAGGCACCUUGGAAGAUAGGCCUGGUGACCUGCUUCUGAAAGGUCACAACUUUGAAAACCCUAUUAAGCACAAUUCUACUCUGCACACAUGGGUUCUUCAUGAGUUGGAAUCAACUGGGUGGCAACUAAUAACAACAAUGGCCUUGAAUUAGCUUUUUUCCAAGUUCAGUUUUUUAAUGAAAAUUUUCAAACAUACAAGUCAAACAGUGUAACAAACCACCUGUUACCACCCAACUUCAACAAUUACUGACAUUUGCCACCUUUAUUUACCUACCUUUUCCCCCUAGAAUAUUUUAAAACAUCUCAGAUACCAUGUCACCCAUAAAUAGUCAAUGUGCGUUGGUAACAGAUAAGACCAAACUCGUUGCCAUCAAGUUGAUUCUGACUCUUGUUGACCCCACGUGUUAGUAGAGCUGCUCCCUAAGGGUUUUCAUGGCCGAAAUCUUUAUGGAAGCCGGUUGCCAGACCUUUAUACCGCAGUGCCUCUGGAUGGGUUCCAACUGCCAACCUCUAGGUCAAGUGCAAACCGUUUAUGCCACCCAAGGACUCCUUUAGUAACUUCAGCCCAUUGCCAUUGAGUCGACUCCGGCUCAUAGCAAACCUAAAGGACAGGGUAGAACUGCCCUAUAGUGUUUCUAAGGCCACAGUCUUUACAGGCAGACGGCCACAUCUUUCUCCUGCAGCACAGCCGGUGGGUUCGAACUGCUGAUCUUUUGGUUAGCAGCUGUGCUCUUAACCACUGCACCACCAGGGCUCCAUUACUACCAUAAAGGUUCUUUAAGCCUUGUCUUUAAUAGGCGUUUAUGUAAACAACUGCAAGCUUUAAUAUAGGGCCUAUAUUACCAGUGUCUCAUUCUUCACUAACAAUGAAGGCUUCCCCACAUUCACGUUCAAACAGUGAAAAACCAAACCCAGAUACACAUCUUUGAGGAACUGUUUCCUCGGACCAUUCCAGCACCAAGUAUUGUAUUGGUCAGGAUCUGAUGAGGAAAUAGUGACCACUCUAAGUAUUUCAAACAAGAGAUUUAGUAGAGGAAUUUGUUAGGAGGAGGUUGAAAGGACUACAGCAGCAGCAGAAGGAUGAUGAGAUAACUCAAAAACCAGUAACUAACUAGGAAGCUGACUCCAGCCCUGGGCUGGAGGAGCAGAGAGACUACUCAGAAGCCACAGCACCGCCCUCUGAGGCUCCUGGUGUCGAGCUCGGCUGCCCGAGGCCUCAGGAGCCUGCACUUCAGGCUUCUGUGGCUGCCCCUGCAGUCAGGCACCUGACCCUUUGUCACUGAUGCUAUUGUAGCCAGCUGCUGCUGUCAAAAAAUCCGAAGCAGUCACUUCUCUCCUCCCACCUUCAUACUGCUGAUGAGAGUAUAAAUUGGGAAGCUGCUCGGCAGUAUCUGCUGAAGCUGAACGUAAUAGCUGCCCUCUAACCUGCAGGAGCCCUGGUGACCCAGUGGUUAAGCUAGCUGGAAGGUCGGAGGUUCGAAGCCCCCAGUGGCUCUGGGAAGAAAGAUCUGUCGAUCUGCUCCUGUAAAGACUAUACCCUAGAAGACCCUAUGGGGCAGUUCUGCUCUGUCCUGUAGGUUCACUAUGAGUGGGAAUCGACUCGAGGGCACACCGUGACAGCAACAACCUUCUGCCCCAGCAGCUCUGUCUGCAGGUGUAUCAGCAAGGAAAAUGAGUGCGUACGUCUGCCAGAAGACCUGCAAGAAUAUUCACAGGAGCUGUGCUUGAAAGGGUCCAAAUCUGGAAACCACCCAAGCAUUUGUCAACAGGCGAAUGGGUAAAGAGUCAUACAACUCUUUAUUCAGCAAUGAAAAGAAUGAACUGCUUCAUGCAACAUCAAUCAAUCUCGCCUUCAUAAUUUUGAACAAAAAAGUCAUAUGAUUCCAUAUUAUACGAUUGAGUCCAUUUAUUUGAAGUUCAACAAUAGGCAAACUAUGUGACAGAAGUUAGAGUUGUGCUUUGGGGGUACUGACUGGGAGGAGGCACGAGGGGGCCUGCCUGUGGGCUGGAAAUGUUCUGUAUUGAUUUGAGGUGAUGCUUACCCCAAGUGUAUACAUCCAAAAAAGUCCAUCCAUCUGUAAACUUAAGAUUUGUGCACUUUACAGUACAUACGUUAUUUCUCAGAAAUUAACAACAAAAAAGAAACAGUAUAAUUUCUUGUAAACGUAAGUGCUGUUAAGAAACUGAAAGUCACGUGGUGGGUGCGUGGGGCGCUGGCUGAUCAGAUCAGAGCUGUGGCCGGGAUGAUGAUGAGCAGGUAGCCACGUGAUGAGCUGGGAGACCACUUUCUGGGCAGGGCAGGGAACAAGUGCAAAGGCCCUGAGGCAGGGUCAAGGUUGGUGUGUUGUCAGAACCGAGUCAAGGCCAGUGUGCCGGAAUGUUGCAGGCCGGGCUGGGGAGCAGGAUCCAAGUCAUGGAGGCCUGCCUUAGUUUGCCGUUUUUCCUAAGAACGGGGAAAUCAUGAAGGUUUGAAGGGGGGGGGGUGUCGACAGAUGUAGGGAGUGAGGGAAAUUGUGUGGCUAGGACAUCUGGGAGGUGGGGGCUGGGGGCAGUGGAUCCGUUCUGUUUGGACAUGCUGAGUUGGAGGUGCCCGUUAGCCACCCAUGGAACUGUCAGGUGGGGGGCAGUGGGCGGCGGUGCUGCAGCUCGGGGCCAGGCCCGGCUGGGAAUAGGUGUUGGGAGCGCACAGGUAUCUGAAGCCUCAGGUCACAGGAGAACACCUGGGGGAGCAGAGAGCAACCAGAGGGACACAGGACUCUUAGUGACACGGGCUUCAGGGGAGAGACUGGAACUGCUGGGAAAUCUGGAUUAAAAUUGCCUUGAAAGUGCAUCUCUAACAGGCUCCACUGAGCACUUACUCUGGGUGUGGCAUGGAGACCCGCCGGGCGAGCAGAGCCUGGGCCACAGGCAAUGAACGCGGGUUCCUGGGCCCACCCAAGGCCCACCGAGACGAUAGUGGAAAGGAGCUGCGUUUCCAAGUUCCCUUUCACACAGGAAAGUUGGAGACCCCUUCACUUCCUGCAGCCCAGGAGUGGGUGUGAGAGGUGUGUGUGCUCGGUCUAGUUGCGUUCUCUGUGUGUGUGUGAGUGUGUGUGUGUGUGCGAGUGAGAGAGAGGAGGAGCAAUUUCCUCUCCCUCUUGAGGGUGGGGCUGCUGUGUAACGGUUUGCUCUGUGUGUGUAUGUGUGUGCGUUUGCCCAUGUGGGGCGGGCUCGGUGUCCCAGGAGGACAGAGUUGGUAUUGAUGGAAGCCCGUCCCAGCCCUUUGAUGCCUCCUUCCCGCUGCCGCGGAGUUUAAACCAGCUCUGUCCUCUGUGCAUCCCGCUCACCAGUGCGCUGGCUCUGGCCAUGAUGACGUCCUCUCUACCCCUGCGCGUGGUGCUGCUGCUGCUCUCGGGGGUCUUGGCCCCCGCGGUGCUCACAGCCGAGGGCCCGCAGGAGCCAGCGCCAACGCUGUGGAACGAGCCCGCCGAGCUGCCCUCGGGAGAAGACCCCGCAGAGAGCACGAGCCCCGCCAGGGAGCCCGAGGCCACUGGAGCCCCGGCUGCCACUGCCUCAUCAGGGCCAGAGGACAGCACAGCGCGGGAGAGGCUGGACCAGGGCAGCGGUGCGCUGGGGCCCGGCGCCAUCGCCGCCAUCGUCGUCGCUGCCCUGCUGGCCACCUGCGUGGUGCUGGCGCUAGUGGUCGUCGCGCUGAGGAAGUUUACCGCCUCCUGA